AUGAUCAGAGAAUUAGGCGAACAAGGCAUCUGCUGGCUUAACACGUGUCUGUCCAACUGUGAUGACUGCUGGAAAAACACCAGCGGACGGGAGAACCCCCUAUUCAAGAAUGGAGACCACAAGGAUUGUUCCAGUUAUAGCAGCAUUACGUUAUCGAGCCUUCCAGAAGUAAAGACAUCGGUGAUCCGAAAAGCGCUAGAGGACCUGAAAAAGAAGUUUUCUUUUCCCGAAUAUCCUACUACAAAUGCGUAUACGCUGUUUCUAAAGGAGAAUGCAUCAGAGUUGAAGCAGAACGCAGGCAUCAACAAAUUUUCGAUGAAACAGUUGGCGAACAAAUGGCGUUCUAUGCCUGAAGCUGAGAAGAAUAAGCUGAGAGAACGAAUAAUGAUGGCAAAGUCGUCGUACAAUGACACGUUAACGAAAUGGAAAAACACCAUGCAAGCUAAAAAGCUGGGUAACGUGGUGCAGCAAAUCGACGAGUUGACUCGGUCAGCUGCGAUGCGAGGAAAAUUUCAGGAGUUGUACUUGAAUAUGGAGCUUGAACGCCUACAGAAGCAGUACAACUACCCAGAGCUAAAGCGUCAUUCUCCGCUGUCGCUUUAUCUGCAUGAGCUCAAGACGAAGACGAAACCGAGCGAAAUGAGCCGAGAUUUUUUGAAAACCUCGGUUUUGAAAUGGAAAGCGCUGAGUGACGAGAUGCGCGCAAGAUUUGUUGAUAAGGCAACUCGGCUGAACAGCGAAAACCGCGCCUUAUUGCAGAAGUGGAAAGAGUCGAUGGAGAAGCAAAAUCUGAAUGCCGUGGUCCAGCAGAUCGCGCAGCUGCGGCGUGAACUGAGAGCUGCUUCCCGCGACGAGGAAGUUCAGUCGAAACACAAAGUCGACAGCACUGUCAUGGAAAAUCUUCUCGCUGCUUCUAUGAAGGGCUCCAGCACCACCGUCUCGGCGCCGUGA